ACAAAGCGCGAUAUUGGGUGUGAAUGAUUUGCCUGGCUCGGGACUUUUAAUUGUAGGUACUGGUGGUGGGGCUGGAGUUGGCCAGGGAAGUGUUGGAACGGGUGCAGUAACCGGCGGUGUUCCCAAACAACAGGGCAUCUUUUCGAAUGUUUUCUCGAAAUUGAUCGACGGUAUGCCCGCCGGUACGAUUUUCUCGAAAUUGAAGAGUGCCAAUACGGCACCGACAUCCUUGCAAAAUAUCACCGACGCGAAUCCUAUUAGCCAGUACUUUGAGAUUGGUGAGCAGGUGGCAUGUGCGGGCCCCGAACUGGUGUGGCGAAUACAUGACGGCUACCGGAAAAGUGAUGGCAAGGCGUGUUCAAUAUUCGUUUUCGAGAAAAAAAUAGCAGAAAAGCUGCUCAAACCGAGACGCAAGGAAAUUGUAACGGAAUUGCUGAAAAAUUCUGUUAAAGCAAUGGAAAGAUUUCGUCAUCCAAAGAUUCUGCAAGUUUUGCACACAGUGGAAGAGUCGACGGAUACACUGGCUUUUGCUGCUGAGCCUGUUUUCGCCAGUCUCUCUAAUAUUUUAGCUUUUCAUGAAUCAAAAACUUAUGAACACAUUGCCAUGGCAUCGAAUGCAUCAGGCACCGGCGCACAGAGCUAUCAACAGCAAACUACGGCAAUUCCACAACGGCCAGCUCAUGCGAAGGAGUAUAAUUUUUUAGAUAUCGAAAUCAAAUAUGGUUUUCUGCAGCUAGUGGAAGCUUUAUCCUAUUUACACUAUUCGGGCCAUGUUAUUCAUCGGAAUGUGUGCCCAUCAUCAAUAUUAGUUACCAAACGAGGCACUUGGAAGCUGGCUGGCUUAGAAUUUAUUGAAAGAAUGAAUGCGACUGAUGUAAAUGAGUUAGUUCCUUGUCCACCUUGGAGUAACAGGGUAUCGAAAAUGGCUCAACCCAACUUGGAUUUUAUGGCUCCCGAAACUCAAUUAACUUCGAAGGGCAGUCUACUUAGUGAUAUGUUUUCAUUGGGUUUGGUAAUAUGUGCCGUCAUCAACAAUGGACGUCCGCUUAUACAAGCCGGUAAUAUAGUUUCAAAUUAUAUGAAGCAGUUGGAAACGCUGGAGGAGUCUGUGCAGAAAAUGCUGCCGCGCGUACCGGUACCACUACAGGCGGCCACCUCACGUUUGGUUAGUAAAGAUGCUACUGCCAGGCCGACGGCGAAACAAAUGCAACUGAUUAAGUACUUUAUAGAUCCCGCUGUAAAUGCACUCAAGUUCUUAGAUGUGGUAAACAUGAAUGAUAAGUCGCAAAAAUCGCAUUUUUACAAAAAUACACUAAUGGAAGCGAUGCCGCUGAUACCGAGGAAAUUGUGGUGGCAAAAUGUGUGGCCAAUGUUGCAGGCCGAAAUUAGCAACGGUGAAGUGCUGGCGGCUGUCUUACAACCGACCAUUAGACUCAUACAAGAGGCAUCACCAAGUGAAUACGAGUCGAUUAUGGCGCCGACAAUGAAAGUUCUUUUCCGUUCACCCAAAUCCACCCAGGCUACUGUGACUUUACUGGAAAAUAUACAUCUCAUUAUUGAGAAGACGGCACCUGGGGAUGUUACCACCGACAUUAUUCCAAUGCUGUUCUUUGCUUUCGAAAGCUCAUCAAUACAAGUGCAGAGCGCUGCCGUUGUUGCAGUUACAAACGUAUUCGACAACAUUGAAGAUGUCUUUUUAAGAAGUAUGGUUGUGCCAAAGGUAAAAUCGGUGUUUGAAAAAAAUCUUACCGAUCGAAAAAUUGUGCAAAAUGUUCUCAUCUGCAUUGAAGGGCUGAUGGAUAAACUGGAGCGAGCUCAGGUUAUGAAAGAAGUCCUGCAGCUGCUUGGUGAUGUUCGCAUACCGGAUCCGGAUAUUGUGAUGCGUACAGUUCAUAUUUAUCACAAAAUGGUUGCCGAUAAAACGUAUGGGCUGACGGUGGAAACGGUGGCGAUAGACGUGCUUCCUUUACUGAUACCGCACACCGUUAAUCCCGGCUUAAAUCUCGAACAAUAUUGCAUGCUGGUCGAGGUGCUGCAAGAGAUGCUCGAACAAAUUGACCGACAGCAACGUAACAAAUUGAAGUUUGAGAAUCUGUCAAUACCAUCACUGGAACGUCAUCGUCCAUUCAGACAUCAAUUCUCUUCGGAUAACUUGAAUGCACCACCAUUCAAUAUACCCAAUUUGCGAAUCGAUCAGCGGAAAACAUCCAGUGCUGAGGAUAUGGCACAGAAGAACUCUGGAGGUUCAGGCAUGCUGGGAGGUUCGUGGUUCGGUUGCUCGCUAUCAUCGCCCGAUAGUAACUUCCCGCGUGUUGCUAAUGCAUUCCCCAACUGGCGUCUCUCGGAUAACACUUUGAUGAAACCGAAAACACGCAUAGCGCCAUCGUAUGCAUCCUCUCCUGGUAGAAUGCCAGGCUCUGGACUGCCAACACGCCGACACUCGAGCAUUGGACCAAAGGAACGACGUGGUACUACGUAUGGUUUUGGUGCACGCGGUAGUUCCGGAUCGAGGUUUUCGGUAUCCUCUUCGUCGGCCUAUGUUGGUGGAUCAAAGCCGAAUACAUCGAGCAGUUUACCAUUUUUAUUAUCAUCCAGCAUGCCAUCGAUCCGUUCCAGACUUACUUCUACUAUACACACAUCGAGACCAUUGGGAUCUGGCUCUGGGAUUCUACAACAACUUGGCAGCGGAAUGGUAAGACAAAUAACUACUUCUGUAUCAGGCAAUGCAAGUCCGGUGCAACAUUUAAUGGUUAAUGGACAACGUACCUAA